AUGUCCCACGUAAAACUUGAUGUAUGGUGGUCUCAAAACCCUAAUCAGAGAAAUUCCCUCUAUUCUCAGGAUGCCUUUGCAGCUAGCUCCUCCCCCUCUGCAUCGGCGGAGGCCACCCAAGAGCUCCUCCUCCAUAUCCCCGGUGUAAUCCUCAACCGCGUCAACAAGGUCUACAGCAUCAAGCUCGCAUGCGGUGACUUCUCCGUCAUCCGCCUCCAACAGGGGCGCAACGUCGUCGUCAUGUACGCGCGCGGCUCCGAUCCUGAGGGUGAGAAAAAGGAUGUGGUCAGCUAUGGGUCAACGAUGGCGUCCAAGGGGCAGGAGGGACUUCUGAAAGAUCUUGACACAGUUUUGGGGAGCUGCAACUGCUUCUCCGUGCAGUGGGUUUCAGAGAAGGCGAAGAAGAGAGGGGAGGCUUUGAAAGGGAGCCCAUACUAA